CCACCGCAGUCUGGCUGGAGUCGUCGGCGCCCUGGUACGCGCGGCCCGGGACCCGGGAGGGGGAGCGGGACCGACCGCAGCCCGAGCCCUUGUGGCGCACAAAGCCGCCGACCCCGGCCCGGGGCGUGAGCCGCGGCCGCAGUCCGCGAGCAGCGCGGCGCGCCCUAUGCACCCGCGCCCCCGCCGCGGCAGCCUGAGCGCCCGGAGAGAACGCGCCACCGCGGGGCCUGGGUGCAGCUAGCGACCCUCGCCCCCCAGCGCGCCGCCGGAGGUGAGCAGUGAGCGAAGCGAGCGGGACGGCAGCGAGGCGCUCGCGGGCCCCCUCCUGCUGCCCGGGCCCGGCCGGCUCAUGGCGGCCAUCCGCAAGAAGCUGGUGGUGGUGGGCGACGGCGCGUGCGGCAAGACGUGCCUGCUGAUCGUGUUCAGCAAGGACGAGUUCCCCGAGGUGUACGUGCCCACCGUCUUCGAGAACUAUGUGGCCGACAUCGAGGUGGACGGCAAGCAGGUGGAGCUGGCGCUGUGGGACACAGCGGGCCAGGAGGACUACGACCGCCUGCGGCCGCUCUCCUACCCGGACACCGACGUCAUCCUCAUGUGCUUCUCGGUGGACAGCCCGGACUCGCUGGAGAACAUCCCCGAGAAGUGGGUGCCGGAGGUGAAACACUUUUGCCCCAACGUGCCCAUCAUCCUGGUGGCCAACAAGAAGGACCUGCGCAGCGACGAGCACGUCCGCACAGAGCUGGCGCGCAUGAAGCAGGAGCCCGUGCGCACGGACGACGGCCGCGCCAUGGCCGUGCGCAUCCAAGCCUACGACUACCUCGAGUGCUCCGCCAAGACCAAGGAGGGCGUGCGCGAGGUCUUCGAGACGGCCACGCGCGCCGCGCUCCAGAAGCGCUACGGCUCGCAGAACGGCUGCAUCAACUGCUGCAAGGUGCUAUGAGAGGCCGCGCCCGCCCGUCUGCCCCCGCCUGCGCGGCGCCCCCUCCCGGGCCGGUCCCCCAGCCAGCCGUGGGGAGGGGAGGCCCACGCCCCUGCAAGGACCCCACCAGACUGCCUGGCGUCUGCGGGCGGCUCUGGCUCUCGCGCCGAGAAGCGCGUGGGCACCGGGCGCCCCCUUCCCAGUGUCUGUGUGCGUCCAGCUGUGUGGCACAGGCCCGGGCGCCCCCGCUGAGUGCCAAGGGUCCCCUGGACAACCUGUUCUGAGGAUCAGAGCCUCAGAGCGUGUGACUGCGUGUACGUUCUACUGCCCCCUCGCUCACAUUGUCACACCACCCCCGCCUUGGGUCCCCCCGGGGUGGGGGUGGGGGCCGCGCCCCAUCGGAUGUUAGCCCGUAACCCGCGAGCGCCUUCUAUCCCUUGUUUGUAACAUAGACCCCGGGAACUGCGGGAGGGAGGGCUGGGGAGGAGGAGGGGGGUGUUCUAUAAAUACAGAUAUAAUUUUAUUUUCGGAGGUAAGAUGGUGUUAUUUAAUGGUCGUGGUGGGUGGAGUGACCAGGGCGUUAGAACAGCUCUGGCCCCGGGCUGGGUCAGGCGCCCAUCCAAGCAUGACCAGGACUUGGCCAUCUUUCUGAGCCCUGGGGAAGACAUUUGCAACUGAGUUGGGGCUGAAGGGACACAGCUUUUAGAAGCAGCAGGUGCUGCCAGCCCCCAGCGAACCUCUCUCCAGCAGGAGGAGGGGCGGGGCGUGUGCUGGGGGCCUUGUUGUUGCCAUAAGCGAACUCUGUGCCUGACAAGUGAAAACUGUUCAGUCCAAGAAACGGAUGUUUUUUUGAUUUAUUUAAAAGCUGAAACUUUUUUUUUUGGAAAGAAUUCUUUGCACAGUUGUUUCAUUGUUUGACACUUAAUGCACUUGUCAUUUGCAUAAGGCAGUAGCAUUCUGUAUGCUGUAACCUCAUCUACUUCGGAUUUAUUUUUUUUGAAUGAUGAUUUUGAAAACAAGGAAAAGAAAAAGAAUUUACUAAUUUUUCCUUGGUUUUCUCGAGAAAAGUGGCACCACUGUUUUGAGAUUUUAUUUGUGCAAGUCAUGCACACUGUUUUGAUAAGGGACAGUAACCCGUGUUGGGGCCUAUUGAGAACUUUUUUGUUUUCCCUGCAAGGCAGCCUCUGCAGCUAUGUGAAGUUUUCUCUGCUUCUCUGUACAGAGAAUAAACCUGCCCGUUUCUCCCCUCCCCCUUCCUGCCCAGUGGUACUUCUACUAAACUGUUGUCUUGUUUUUUUAUUUUUCCAAUAAACUGACAAAUGACAAAGUGGUGAGCUUAUGAUGUUUACAUAAAAGUUCUAUAAGCUGUGUAUACAGUUUUUUAUGUAAAAUAUUAAAAGACUAUGAUGAUGACAUUUAUAAAA